AUGUCACCUACAAAUUUUAUUUUUUCCACAGAUUACAUUUCACCAGAAGUACAAGCAGCGUUACCAAAAGGAUACACUAUUCGUCCUUUAGCUAGUGAUGACUAUGAAAGAGGAUUCCUUGAGGUGUUGAAAGUUCUCACAACUGUUGGUGACAUUUCAAAAGAUCAAUUCCUUGAACGAUUUUAUUUUUUGAAAACGCACAAUUAUGAAUACUUUACACUUGUCAUUGUUUCACCCGAAGAUCGAAUUGUUGGAGCUGGAACAAUAUUUGUAGAACGUAAAUUUAUUCGUAACACAGGAUUGGUCGGACAUAUUGAAGACAUUGCAGUUGAUAAGAAUCAACAGGGGAAAAAACUUGGAUUAAGAAUAAUUCAAGCUCUUAAAUAUAUUGGAGCAAAGGCAGGAUGUUAUAAAGUGAUAUUGGAUUGUUCUGAAAAGGUUGUAAGGUGGGCAGCAUUGGUAUUUGGAAUAACUUAUGGAUUUGUGCAUCAUAGAUCAUUAGCACAUGCCGAAGCUAAGAAUAAAGCAAUAGCGAAUUAUAAACAUAAAGAAGAAUUGAUUUCUAAAGCAAAAGCUGCAUACGCUGCUAAGCUUGCAGAAAAAAGUUCAAAAGAAGUUAUAACGAAUCCAGAUGAUCCCAACUUUGAUUUAGAAAAACUUUUGGUUCAUUAUGGAAGCAAAGAAAACCAUUAA